CUCUUCCGGCGGGGGCGGCCCGUGGGCACGGCGGGACUUGUAGUCCCGCCCCGGGGAGGCUCCCAGGGGUACCGCUUCACGGCUGGCACGGCGCGGUGCGGUGCGGUGCGGUGGACACGGGAGGGGAGGGGUGCAGUGCAGCACCGCCCCGGCCGAGGGGCGGAGGAGGAGGAGGAGGAAGGGCCGGGACUACAUUUCCCGCCGGCCCCAGGGCGGCGGGGCGGGGUACAAAGCGGCGCUACCUGGCCGGCAGGCCCGGGCUGCGGGAUGCCGUUCUCCAGUUCCAGCGCGGACGAUGUCUUCGAUUACCUCUUCAAGAUCAUCCUGAUCGGGGACUCCAACGUGGGGAAGACGUGCGUGGUGCACCGCUUCAAGACGGGGCAGUUCUAUGAGAAGCAGCAGAACACCAUCGGGGUGGACUUCACCGUGCGCUCGAUGGAUAUCGACGGCAAGAAAGUGAAGAUACAAGUGUGGGACACAGCUGGUCAAGAGCGCUUCCGGACAAUAACCCAGUCCUAUUACAGGAGUGCCCAUGGAGCCAUCCUCGCCUAUGACCUUACUAGGAGGUCCACGUUUGAGUCUAUUCCUCAUUGGAUUCAUGAAGUUGAAAAGUAUGGUGCUGCAAACUUGGUCAUGAUGUUAAUUGGGAACAAAUCGGACUCAGUGGAUAAGCGACAAGUUCUGUUUGAAGAUGCCUGCACGCUGGCAGAGAAGUACGGGCUCCUAGCUGUAUUGGAGACGUCAGCAAAAGAAGCUCAAAACAUUGAAGAGGUGUUUGUGUUGAUGGCUAAGGAGCUGAUAGCCCGAAAUACCUUGCAGCUUCAUGGAGAGAGUCCUCCAAACAGUGUCUACCUCGAUUCCAGGCCAGUGAUUGUCAGUCCAAGUACGGAGAAGACCCAGUGUCUCUGUUGAAUGCUCUCUUCAGGAACAGAAAGUAGGAAGUCAUUAUUUCUCUGAGGCUAUGUUUGAUCUCAGUUUAAUUCAGAUGACGAAAGUUUGCUAUAUGGCCUCAAGCCAUCUCUCAUAAUUCUACCUUGCAGUUUGGCAUGUAAGUAUCUUCAGAGAUCACUGUUGCUGUUGGCAGCACAGGUUGCUUUGAACGUGGCAACUGAUACCUUAACACUGUAAGCUGAGACAGCUCAGGAAGCUGCCAGCCCUUGCCUUAACCAAAGAGAACUGUUUCAAAAAAAAAAAAAAAAAAAGAUUGCCUUUAACUAUAUCUUUGAGACAUUUUUCUGGCUAUGUCAGAAGAUAAAUUUGCACUAGAGCCUGCAUUGAUUUGAUUCUUCUAAGAUGUGCCGUCUGUUGUAGUGCAAGCUCUCCAGCUAGUAGCUUUAGAAUGUCUGAUGUACUUGGACAGCACUAGCCCACUGCUGCCUUACCUUUCAUUUAGGGGAGGGCCGGAUGUCAGGCACGGAGCCACCCAUCCCAAGCAGUUAAAAACCAACCUUUGUAAGAGGGUGCCAUUCCACAACUGUAUUUCUUUCCUCACUAGACAAACCUGUUGUCAUCCUCGAUGCUUCAAAGCAGGCAGAAUAUGGUAUGUUAGGGUGCCAACCUUCUUCCAGGAGUGAGAACCGCUUUUAUUUUGCUCUUGAAUUGUAAGAAUUGCAACUAGUAGUGAGCUGUCUUGUUACACAGUUAUUAGCACCGAAGCUUCCAAGGCCACAGUGGCCUCCAUUAAUGCUGGGGUGAACGGACUACUUUGUUUUCCUAAGCCUGUCUUGCUUUUGAGUACUGAUUUUAAUCAAAAGCUGACUGUUAGUUUGUGUGCAAGCACAACAGUAGAGUGCACUUGUAGACUUUUGAGGGAGCGUGAAGGAUUCAAGUUUGUGUAAAACAGCACCAAGGAGUAUGGUUUAACAAUGCAACCUCACCUUAAAGCAGUGAAGGGAUGGGUGUUGAGCAUACAAGUACACAUGCUAUUGCUUGGCAGACUUAACCAAACAUCUUGGUAAGCAGUAAAGACUUUGUCUUGUCCCUCCCAAGUGCAAGCAGUGCUACUGGGGGACUCAAUUCUACACACAGGAACUGAAAGCAGGUGGGGGUUUUGUGCAUUCUUUUCAGCAGAUAUAAACAGUGGAGAAGGAGGGGGGAAGAAAUAACAUACAGGAGAAGCCUUCAGAUUACACAGUCCACAUGUACUGAAGUGUAUCACUUAAGCUGUUAAUGUUUAAGCUAUGAACUAGAAAUCAUACUUGAUAACGACAAAAUACAGCCUGGGUUAGAUGGAAAGAAGCCCUGGGAAGGUUGGCAAGCUGCCGCUUUAUGAGAUGGCAAUUUACCUAUGAUGUUUCACAAGUUCCUGAGAAGUAGGGAAAAACAUGUAGCAAAUCCUUCUGGAAAAACUUGUCUGAGAAGCACAAAAAAAAUAGAGUAAAUCAUUGAUUUAGGCUUGAGCGUAUUUUUUUUAUUAUUAUUGCUUGCUCUGGCCAGGCUCUUUGCUACCGCUUGCUAAGAACAGUGGUUAACUGAGCUACCCAUAAACCUAGCAGAAAGCUGCACAGCUCAGGCUUGCAGUUGAGCUAUUGUGUUUUGUUCUGCACUGUUCCCUUUCAUUUGAUGGAUGUAAUGGUCUCCCUAUCAUUUUCUCAAGAAACUGGUCUUGCAUACCUACCCUGAUGUUCACCUUCAUGCAACUCAAGCAGGAGCGUGCGCUCUCCUUUGGUUGGUUCUGCCUGGUGCCUUUCCCAAGCCCUCAAAGCAGUUGUACUGAGUGGUUCCCACAGGGUCACUUUUCAUUCACAGGAGGAGCUUAAAAGAGUGAGCUGCAGCAGUUGCUGAGGUUUUCAGAGUGUAGUUUAAUAGGUACUACCUCAUGAAUAAGUCUGACAUGGAGAAAACAAUGAAGUUUGUUAGCAAGCUUUAUUAUGUUGCUCUAGACUGUAAGCUAGCAGCCAUUAGAUUAAAAUGUGUAACUUUGAUCAUUGUGCCUUCCUCCAUCACAGCAAAUGGAAGCAUGCAGCUGCUGUGCUGUCAGUGCAAGUUAAUCAAGAAUCGCGUUAAUUGCUGCAGAACCUUACGUUACCAUUUUUGCUCUUCCAGCAUCGUAGGCAGAGCCGGUGUACUUCUUGAUGGCCUCAUUACCAUGCUUGUAGAAAAGCCAGCUUUUCUAUAAAUGUGGUUUAUGAUGCUAUGAUACGAGUUACUGCUGUCCCCCAGUUGUAAGAGCUGUGCAUCCAGCUGGAGGAGAAGCUUGUUUGUUUUUACCUACUAGGAAGAAGCAUUCAAACCUUAGCUGUCUGAAGUUGCUGUUGCACAUUCUUUGCACUGAUACCCACACCUAUGUCAUGUGAGGCUAAGGCAGCACCGCCCCCCCCGGCAGGGCAAAGAACUGAAAGGAUUCUGAAAUGGAGCAUACGCUGAAACCUCUUAGAAGCUGACUGGCUUAAAAAUAAGCGUAAUUACAACCCAAUGAUGGGGAAGGCACGUGGCACUGCCCACGUGGUCACACUUUUUUACGUGCGUAAGGAAGAGGCUCUUACCCAACCUGUCACAGAGCCUGUCCUGGAGCCUCCUUUCGGGAAGCAGAGGCCUGCCAGUGCUGUGGGACAGAACGAAAGCCACUUCUUCCCACAGCAGGCAAGUGUUGUAAUCACAGCAAUGUUCAGUGGGAGCUGCUCCUCCCCGGCUCUCAUUUACGGAGGAGGGCUGCUAAUGAAGUUGGCAUCUACAUCUGUAAAACACAUUCAACUCAAGGCAGAGGGAGAUUUAGUACUCAACACUCUUCCUACCAACUCCCAAAGCCAUUUUCCAACACCUCUCUCAAAUGUAAGGACCAGCACUACAACAGACAGUGCUAGGAUAGACAAGUAGAGCUGCUUUAUUCAGAAGGAGAACCUCUUUCACUUAGAAGUACAUCAGCUUUUAACAGGGACUUGCACUCUUAAGCAUUUCAUUGUUAGCUUAAGAUAGGUAGGUCCCUCUAAAGUCUUUUACUGCACUUCAGUGACGUCCUAAAACCAGCCUCACACUGUUCUAAAAACUGCCCACAAAGGCUUUGUCUAUGUGAUCACAUUAACCUGCUGCCAAGGACGUGUGGACACUGGCUGGACUGCAAAUGACAAAUAGCAUACCCAUGGAUAACAGCAACAAGUUAGGGGCAGAGAUUUAAUACACUUGCAACUCUUAUUUUCUUGCUAACAGCUGUGUCCAUAAGCAUUACUGCUUAUUAGUUAUCACUGCCAAGUCUGGCUAGAUUUUGCUCACCACACACAAGGCUCACCUCAAUUACACACGUACACAGAGUUAAACAAUGCCUCUAGUGCUACAGCUGAUUAAAGUUGCCUUCCUAGCUCCUUUGUUGCUUUUGAUCCAUACAGCACAGUCCCAUAUUAUAUCUUGAUCCCAAGAACUGAGUGGAUUCCCUCACUUGGAAGCUGCUGCAGCAUUAGCAAUGCCAUCUAGGCAAGUUCCAUCCCAAACAGGAGACACUCCAUACCUCAAGUCAUGCUCCGAACAGAAAUUUGUUUUGUACCUCCCAUCUCAGGAAAGAGUUACUAUGUAUUCCCUUAAAUGAACCAGGCCUCCCAGCCGCAAGAUUACAAUGCACAUUGUUGCAAUCAGGAAAGAGCAGCACUUAAAAGGAUUGUAAAGAAGCAGAGGCCCUGAUGAACUGCAGCAGCAGUGGCUGUUCAGAAGUGCCCUUUGCUUUUAUGAUCGCAAUCAGACCAACUAGAACAUGCAGCAAUCACUUAUUUCACAAUUACCACAUGGUCCAAAACCUCACACAAAAUCAGAAGCAUGUAUUCCUGUACAGGGACUGAAGUCAAGGCACUUCAGCAUGCAUCUUUUUUUUUUUUUUCCCCUGAAUAUUUUGGUUUUGAAAUCAGGAUUCUGUAUAAAGACUCCACAAAUUCCCAUCAACCUUUUUCAUCUUAACACCGCUAUGAAUACUCUCACUGUCCUCUGUAUCUACUCGGUUUCUGUAUCUUGGGAACUUACUGUGUACUACAUUUUAAGUUUUCCUCUCCGUGUUUUCACAUUAAAAGUGGAUCUUCA